AUGGCUAGCACUGCAGAAGAUGUUCCCGCGGAGCCUAUAGACAACCAGGAGAAAGCUGGAGAUGAUGAAGAAGAAAUUGCAGCGAUGCGAGAGAGACUGACAAAGAUGGAGUCAGAAGCAGCCAAGCUGCAUGAGAUGCAAGCUUCCCUGGACCAGCAGACGGAGAACCUACGAGAAGACAAGGAGGACAUCGACGCGAGGAGUAUCUUCGUCGGCAACGUCGACUACGCGGCCUCGCCAGAGGAGAUACAGGCACACUUCCAGAGCUGCGGGUCGAUAAACAGAGUCACCAUCUUAUUGGAUAAAUUCACUGGCCAUCCAAAGGGGUAUGCGUAUGUCGAGUUCAGCGAACCCAGCCUUGUGGCGCAAGCUCUAGUGCUGAACGAGAGUCUGUUCCGUGGGAGGAAUAUAAAGGUUGUCCCGAAACGCACGAAUCUGCCGGGCAUGACUCGUGGACGGGGCCGUGGACGAGGCCGCGGAGGGUUCGGCCGUGGCAUGCCCCGGGGAGGAUACCGAGGAGGCGGCUACCGUGGCCGUGGGAGAGGUUAUGCUCCGUACUAA